AGGUGGAGCGUCCCAUUCUCUAGCCAAGAUGUGGCCGUACGUGUCCAUCCUGUGUGUCCUGGUGGCCUUCGCCAAUGCUCGCAGCGUUCCUUACUACCCACCUCUCUCAACUGACUUGGUCAACCACAUAAACAAGCUCAACACCACCUGGAAGGCAGGGCACAACUUCCACAACGUUGACAUGAGCUACGUGAAGAAGCUCUGCGGCACCUUCCUGGGUGGGCCCAAGCUCCCUGAGAGGGUGAAUUUUGCUGCAGACAUGGAGCUGCCCGAUAGCUUUGACUCCCGGACGCAGUGGCCUAACUGUCCUACCAUCAAUGAGAUAAGAGACCAGGGCUCUUGUGGCUCUUGCUGGGCUUUCGGUGCCGUAGAAGCGAUUUCGGACAGAAUCUGCGUUCACACCAACGCCAAGGUGAGCGUGGAGGUCUCAGCGGAGGACUUGCUGUCAUGCUGCGGCUUUGAGUGUGGCAUGGGGUGCAAUGGUGGUUACCCCUCUGGCGCGUGGAGGUACUGGACAGAGAGGGGCCUCGUGUCUGGGGGUCUCUACGAUUCCCAUGUGGGCUGCCGUCCCUACUCCAUCCCACCCUGUGAGCACCAUGUCAACGGCUCCCGGCCACCAUGCACCGGUGAGGGGGGUGAAACCCCCAGGUGCAGCCGGCACUGCGAACCCGGCUACUCGCCCUCGUACAAGGAGGACAAGCACUACGGCAUCACAUCCUACGGUGUCCCUCACAGUGAGAAGGAAAUCAUGGCCGAGAUCUACAAGAAUGGCCCAGUGGAAGGAGCCUUUAUUGUCUAUGAGGACUUCCUGAUGUACAAGUCUGGGGUCUACCAGCACGUGUCCGGCGAGCAGGUUGGAGGCCACGCCAUCCGGAUCCUGGGCUGGGGGGUGGACAACGGGACUCCGUACUGGCUGGCCGCCAACUCCUGGAACACCGACUGGGGGGACAACGGCUUCUUCAAAAUCCUCAGAGGAGAGGACCACUGCGGCAUUGAGUCGGAGAUCGUGGCUGGCAUCCCCAGGCCGGAGCAGUACUGGAAGAGAGCGUAACCCUCUUGAUCAAACCACAAAUAAUCCUGAGUCCCCGAUGCUUUUAACCGAUAGCGGGUUGGGUGCAGAGCCCCUCCUUCUAAGAGACUAUAGUUGAGGUUACUUUAUUAAAGCUUUUUAUCUUUU